GACAAAUCCUGUUCGAUGACCCCAGUCCCGACCAACCUUGGCAUCCCACCGCCGUACCCGUUCUGCGAAGCAUGGGAUAAGAUCCCGCAGCACUCAACGCAGUGGCUCACACCAUCCUUUCGAAUUGGCGCCGUACAUCAGCACCCCCGUGCUUCGGUUCUGUCCAGCAGUGAACAACUCGCAACCCACCCUGCGCGACAUGCUUUCCCGACGCCCCAAGACAACGUCACCGACAUCGACUUCGCUACACCCAGCAAUGGCGGCUACGAGAGCAGCGAAUAUGAAUAUGGCUUCGAGCUCAAUCAAGAAUGGGCAGAGUAUUUCGCACGACGAGAAUUGGAGCGCCAAAAGCGACACACCGCAAAGGCACGACCGAAACGAUCAAAGUUCAAGAAACCUAACCAAGCAACUUCGACUGAUGUCAUCAACCCACUGACGUACGAAGUGACAGUGGGGCAAUUGAGCGGAAAGAAGCUUGACCUUUCAAGUGCUCGGGUUGAUGCAUUGGAGCGGCGACUCGAACGUUCGUUCCUGAACGAUUUCAGCGACAGUGCCACGGUGUGCUUAUUCAACGCAUAGACUUGUCCAUCUUCCCCUUGAUCCCCCUCGAUGUGCCGCGCUAACCCCACAUGCUGAAGGCGCAACAGCACGAGCAUACCCACGCGACGCAACCAAGACGGGACAUUGGCUACAACUAUAUCCGCAUUGCUUAAAAGUAUCACUGCAUUGCAAGAUUUUGUUGUAAAAUUCAAACUGGAGCACUUUCG